AGCUGACAAAUAUUUUCAACAUUUCGUAGAAUUGUUUCUGUUUCUUUUCCCUCAGUGCAUUUUAAUAUGAGUCGUGAAGUCUUGGCUCCUCCUCUGCUGCGUAUGGGUAGUAACCGUUGCUACAGGGUCAAUCUCAUACACGAAGAUUUCCAAAAUAGCCAACAAGGAGCCAUUGCAGCGCAGCAAAAAGGAGAAACCGCCAAACCAUACAUGGAAGACGAUCUCUAUGGAGAUGAGUACAACGACGAUUUGGAUGGCCAAGAUGCGUGCGACAUCGAAGAAACGGCAAACGGUCAAUUUAAGUUAGCUAUGCAUGUUGCCAGCUCAUUUUAUGGUGGCAUUAUUGGAUUCAAGGGAUCCACUAAACGUCGCAUAGAAGGCGAAACACAAUGCUCCAUAAACAUUCCACAGAAAACACCGACAAAUAAAACUUCAGAAGCCAAGAUCAUUAUUACGGGUCGGACUCGUAACAGCGUUGCAACGGCAAGACAUAAAGUCCAGCUGCUGGUUGCUUCUCUGCGCAAGCGCAUGAAAGCAACACACUUCUACGGUGUCACUAUGACCUCCGACGAAAUACGAGAAAACUUUAAAAAAUUGAAAACCCAAAUAUUAGAAGCCGAAAUUCCCGGUAUAUCUGAGGAAUUAUUCCAAUUUGAUCACAAAUUGCAUUUGACUUUGGGCAUUUGCGUACUGCUCGAUGACACUGAAAGAAAGAAAGCUGUGGAAAUCUUAGAAAGCUGUCGUGAAUUCCUUACAGAUCUCAAGACACCGUUUACAGUAAAAUGUAGCGGUUUGGAAAUAAUGAAUGAUGAUCCUAGUUCGGUGCGUGUUUUAUAUGCCAAUGUCGAGUCAGAAGAAUUGCAGACGUUUGCCAAUCUCUGUUUUGAACGCUUCAAUAAAACGGGUUUGGGAAUUGAUGACUUUGACCGAGGUCAUGUCAAGUUACACAUGACCAUCAUGAAUAAUCGUUAUCUUGAACGGGAAAUACCCAAUACUACUACGAAAACAUUCGAUGCGAGAGAAAUUCUAAAGCGUUGGGGAAACUAUUGUUUUGGUUCGGCUCAGUGUAAUGAGGUGUUACUGUGCGCCCUUGGAUCAACUACAGAACACAGAGAUUUCUAUAAAAUAACUGGAUCUCUUAAAUUUAAUUAGAUAGUGCGAAUAAAUAUUUCAAGACAGCGAUUUUUUACUUUUUAGCAUAUAUGUAUUUGGGUACUUGGUACAUCCUUAUCCUAUGAUAUUCAGAAUUAAAUAAAAAAUUAUUUCAUUAGAGA